AUGAUGCAAAAUGAGAACAAGAUGGACCACCACUGUCACUUGUAUGGAGGCAAAGACGACAUUCUCAUCAUCCGUAGGGCCCAGGAGUUUAAGAUGACCCUCCAUUUCAACCAGCCCGUAAAUCCCAUUGACAAAUUCCAGAUUGAGUUUUACAUUGGUAAGAACACAUUUUCCACCAAUAUACUAUAAAUUCCUUUCUGUUGGUUAAAAAUGGCAUUACAUGCAUUGUUUGACUGAGGGUGAUGUAUGAAUUACAGUGUUCACCAUUUGGUAAUAGUUUAAAUGAGAGGAGUUGGUGUUUCAGAGGCGAAGGUGCAUCUCAAUAAUACAAUUGUUCCUACCCUAGUCUCCUCUCCGUCAUCUGUGUUUAGCCUCUGUAGCCAAUUAGAACCACUAAUUGAUAAAAGUGCCAAGUUGAAACAAAAACAGAUUAUUGACAUAUUCCCAUCUAAACAUCUGUAACAUCUGUUGAUAGUAAUCUUGGGGUGCCUCCCAAUUCUCCACACUUCUCCCCAAGUCACUUCCCAAUAUGGAUUUAGGGAGUUUCCACCAUUGUUGAAUCCAUGAAAGAGCGUGCACACUUCAGAAGAAGGGUGUAGAAUAGGGACGUGUCCAGGGUCUCUCUCACACAUUAUAUUGAAUGCUUACGUCAUACUCACAGUGGAAUUGAUGAAAAAGGUUGCUGCUCUAUGUGCUCGAUUCAAUCCAUAUUGCGGAAGUUCUGCGUUAAAGCGCGAUUGAAAUUUAAAGGUAAUUUCCGAUUGAGCUGGCAGUGUUUACUGUGAACGCAGUCUCCACAAACGUAGGAACAUUGCCUUUAAAUUUAAAUGGCGCUAUAGCACGGAACUUCUGCGAUAUGGAUUGUAUCGAGCCCUAGGCCCUUUAGUGUCAGCAAUAUGUCAACUAAGUACAAUCAAAGCUGGAACGACAGCAGAGUGACCAUUUUUUAUCUUCAACUGACUUACCUUUUACUUAUGCCUUGAAAAGGCUUUCAUGCUCAAUAUAUUUUUAUCUCCCUGAAUGUGGUGUUCUUCUCUUACAUCUGCUGUGAAAUUCUUAGUCUACUGUGUUCAAAAGGUUUUGAAAAUAGGGAAUAAUAAAAAUAAGCAGACAGAGCGCAAUAUUACACAAAAUAUCCUUUAGCCUACAUUUAUUGGAUUUAAGUGAGAGGUUGCUUGAUAAUUGUGAGGCACUUCUAAAAUAAUGGUGCAAACGGACAUGCAUCAUCCUUGUUGAAAUUAUGAAAGUGUUAUGAAGAUACAGUAUGUGAAUUGAUUUAUGUGCAGCUACAGCAGCUUACUAGUAGCAGCCUAGUAAUCCAUCUGCAGUUAAUGGUUUGCAGUGGUGUAAAGUAACUAAGUAAAAAAUACUUUGAAGUACUACUUAAGUACAUUUUUUCCCUGAGUAGCUGUACUUUAUUAUUUAUAUUUUUGACAACUUUCGACUUUUACUCCACUAUAUUCCUAAAGAAAAUAAGUACUUUUUACUCCCAUACAUUUUCCCUGACAGCCAAAAUUACUUUUCGAAUGCUCAGGCAGGACAGAAAUAUGGUCCAUUUCACGUACCUAUCAAUGUAACGUGUUGUCAUCCCUACUGCCUCUGAUCUGAUGGACUCACUAAACACAAAUUCUGCAUUUGUAAAUUAUGUGUGAGAGUUGGUGUGCUCCUGGUUAUCCGUCAAUUAAAAAAAACAAGAAAAUGCCGUCUGGUUUGUUUAAUAUAAGGAAUUUGAUGUAUAGCCUUUACUUUGUACUUUUACCCAAGUAUGACGAUUGAGUACUUGUUCCACUACUGAUGGUUUGUUGAAUUUCUGGUCCCCUUUAUUGCAGUUGCACUGCACAGACUACCGCCUAUCUUCUGUAAUGUUGUGGUGAUAUUGAACAGACCUCGACUUGUGUUGGUUGAUGUGCUGUUAACUCAACUGUUUUUUUUUACAGUACAGAAAAUUAUCAGGUAUUUAUAAAAUAAAUGUCAUGGUAACACAGUAAUUACACAGUACUAACUUGUGAUUUACUUGCUUUGUUUCAUCAAGACUCAUUACAACAAGUAGCAACUUGGUACCAUUUGUUACCAACUGAGGUUAAUUAUUUGACGAAUGUACCAGAAAGUAUCAGUUGUUACCACAUAGUUUAUAUUGAAUACUAAGCUAGUACCAGUGAAAACAUGAGUGUCUACAUGUGUUGACGUUUCCCCUGUCAUGUCACCUUCUCCCUCAGGUAUCGAUGCCAACGUGUUGAAUGGCACAAAGGUUAUCGUCUCCUUUGACAGCUCGCAAAAUGUGAAUUGGACCGGCCGCAUGAUACAGCAACUAGGGGAUGAGUGCGUGGUGGGAAUCACCCCUUCCGCAAACGCCAUCAUCGGAAAGUACUACACGAAUGUGGCGGUCAUCGGUUCCAAUGAAAUCUCCAGGACACCAAAGGACACUGGAACAGACUUCUACCUCCUGUUCAACGCCUGGGCGUCCAGUGAGUGGAAUCUAUGUGGAUUUUUGUUUGUCCUCUGAGGACCGCUUAAGAUAAGAUAAAAAACAUAUGCAUUAUACACCCCUUACGGGACAAACCAAAUGAUUUCACAUGUGGAAAAUCACAUGAAUUCACAUGUGAAAUUCCACAUGUUAAAUUAUGUGAAUCUAUGUGUUUUUGGAACACUUAACGUGAUGAUAUUUCACAUGAAGUUUCACAUGUGGAUUUUUACGUGAUCCCCUAACCUUUCACAUGCGGAUUCAAAUAACGAGAUUUCACAGGUGAUGCCUCUGCAAACAAAAAUGUGUCGUUAGGAUACAUACACAAACAGUGCUUUGAAUAUACUUCUCCCAUGGGCAAAGACACUCAAAAGGGGUGAUGAUAUUAAUUGACAGUAAUUUCGAUCCGAAUGUGCAAAUUGUCCAAACAGAUACGCAAGGUAGAUGGAUUAUUUUAAAUAUGUUAUUGGACCAUGAACAGAUAUGGCUCAUUAACCUUUACAGACCAAAUAAUGAUGAUCCACACUUCUUUGACAAUAUAUAUAAUGAAUUAUCAACUCUGCAAGCAAUUCAAGACUAUUAUUAUGGUGGGAGAUUAUAAUACCGUUUUAAAUAGCUCAAUGGACCGUAAAGGAAAUCACACUACAAACAAUUACCCUCAUGCUCUUAAGGAAAUCGUGAAUGUCAUGGAUACAUUAGAACUAGUAGAUAUAUGGAGGCUUAAAUAUCCUGAUCUAGUGAGAUAUACAUGGCGGAGACUCAAUCAAGCUAGUCGUCUUGACUACUUUCUUAUGUCAUUCUCGUUGGCACCAAAAGUUUUAAAAGUGUUGAUAGGGGACAGAAUGCGGUCGGACCAUCAUAUAAUUGGCAUAUACAUUACUCUUACUGAAUUUCCACGUGGGCGAGGAUAUUGGAAAUUUUAUCAAAGCCUAUUGGAUUAUAACUUGUUUUUAACUAGGACAGAGGAAUUUAUAACAGAUUUUUUUCCCCGACAUAAUAUACGUACAGCAAAUCCCCUUAUUGUAUGGGACACCUUUAAAAUGUAUCUUUAGAGGCCAUGCAAUUCAGUAUUCAUCUCGAAAACAAAAGCAAUUUAGGUCAAAAGAGUCCACACUAACAAAGGAAAUAGAAGGUCUAACAGAACAGAUAGAUAGCAAUAAAAACCGUAACAGAGGAAAAACAAAAAGAAAUGGAGAAACUUAUUCAAGAAAUAUCAAGUGUAAUGUAUUAUAAAACUUGAUGGAAUAUGGGGAAAAAUGCACCAAAUUCUUUUUUAAUCUUCAACGUAGGAAUGCUACCAAAAAUGUUUUAUUGAAACUGGUUACAAAUGACGGAGUCACCCAUGAUUCACCAAAUUAUAUUUUGAAGUAGGAAAUAAAGUACUUUAAGCAUAUGUUUUCGUUUCAGUCGCCUCCAUCUCCUCUAACUAUAGAAAAUUGUAGAGAUUUUUUUCUAUUGAUAAUGUAAAAUUAACAGCCAUACAGAAAGACUAAUGUGAAGGUGAAAUUACAGAGGAGGAACUUCUGGGUGCAAUUAAAGACUUUAAGUCUGGGAAAACUCCAGGGUUGGAUGGCAUACCAGUCGAGGUAUACCAAACCUUUUUUGAUAUACUAAGAGGACCGUUAUUAGCAUGUUUUAACCACUCCUAUGUAAAUGGUAAAUUAUCAGACACUCAAGAAGGUCUGAUUUCAUUAUUACUGAAACAGGAUACAAGUGGAAAAUAUAAAAAUCCAGUACAUUUAAAAAAAUUGGAGGCCUCUUACAUUUCAGUGUUGUGAUGCAAAAAUUCUAGCAAAAUGUAUAGCGCAUAGAAUUAAAAAAGGUAUUGUCGGACAUUAUUCAUUCUAAAUCAGACAGGUUUUUUACAUGGGCAAUACAUUGGAGAUAAUAUAAGGCAAGUACUGGAAACAAUAGAACACUAUGAAAAAUCUGGGAAACCAGGCCUACUAUUCAUAGCAGACUUCGAAAAGGCAUUUGAUAAAGUACGACUCGGGUUUAUAUAUAAAUGCCUGGAGCAUUUCAAUUUUGGACAAUCUCUUAUCAAUUGGGUUAAAAUCAUGUAUAGUAACCCUAGGUGUAAAAUAGUAAAUAAUGGUAAUUUCUCAGAAAGUUUUAAACUGUCAAGUGGAGUGAAACAAGGUUGUCCACUAUCGGCAUAUCUAUUUAUUAUUGCCAUCGAGAUGUUAGCUAUUAAAAUCAGAACCAACAAUAAUAUCAAGGGAUUAGAAAUCCAGGGCUUAAAAACAAAGGUGUUAUUGUACGCUGAUGAUUCAUGUUUUCUUUUAAAUCCACAACUUGAAUCCCUCCACAGCCUCAUAGAGGAUCUAGAUACAUUUUCUAACCACUCUGGAUUACAACCAAAUUAUGAUAAAUGUACUAUAUUAGGUAUUGGAUCACUAAAAAAUACAAUUUUUACAUUACAUGUAGUUUACCAAUAAAAUGGUCUGAUGGUGAUGUGGAUAUACUCGGAAUACAUAUCCCAAAUGAAAUAAAUGAUCUCACUCCAGUAAAUUUUAAUAGAAAGUUAGCAAAAAUAGAUAAGAUCUUGCUACCUGUCAAUUUGUGGAAAAAUCACCCUGAUUAAAUCUUUAGUAUUAUCCCAGUUUACCUACAGUGAGGGAAAAAAGUAUUUGAUCCCCCUGCUGAUGUUGUACGUUUGCCCACUGACAAAGAAAUUAUCAGUCUAUAAUUUUGAUGGUAGGUUUAUUUGAACAGUGAGAGACAGAAUAACAACAAAAAAAUCCAGAAAAACGCAUGUCAAAAAUGUUAUAAAUUGAUUUGCAUUUUAAUGAGGGAAAUUAGUAUUUGACCCCCUCUCAAUCAGAAAGAUUUCUGGCUCCCAAGUGUCUUUUAUACAGGUAACGAGCUGAGAUUAGGAGCACAGUCUUAAAGGGAGUGCUCCUAAUCGCAGCUUGUUACCUGUAUAAAAAGACACCUGUCCACAGAAGCAUUCAAUCAAUCAGAUUCCAAACUCUCCACCAUGGCCAAGACCAAAGAGCUCUCCAAGGAUGUCAGGGACAAGAUUGUAGACCUACACAAGGCUGGAAUGGGCUACAAGACCAUCGCCAAGCAGCUUGGUGAGAAGGUGACAACAGUUGGUGCGAUUAUUUGCAAAUGGAGAAACACAAAAGAACUGUCAAUCUCCCUCGACCUGGGGCUCCAUGCAAGAUCUCACCUCGUGGAGUUGCAAUGAUCAUGAGAACAGUGAGGAAUCAGCCCAGAACUACACGGGAGGAUCUUGUCAAUGAUCUCAAGGCAGCUGGGACCAUAGUCACUAAGAAAACAAUUGGUAACACACUUCGCCGUGAAGGACUGAAAUCCUGCAGCGCCCGCAAGGUCCCCCUGCUCAAGAAAGCACAUAUACAGGGCCGUCUGAAGUUUGCCAAUGAACAUCUGAAUGAUUCAGAGGAGAACUGGGUGAAAGUGUUGUGGUCAGAUGAGACCAAAAUCGAGCUCUUUGGCAUCAACUCAACUCGCCGUGUUUGGAAGAGGAGGAAUGCUGCCUAUGACCCCAAGAACACCAUCCCCACCGUCAAACAGGGUGGUGGAAACAUUAUGCUUUGGGGGUGUUUUUCUGCAAAGAGGACAGGACAACUUCAUCUCAUCAAAGGGACAAUGGACGGGGCCAUGUACCGUCAAAUCUUGGGUGAGAACCUCCAUCCCUCAGCAGGGGCAUUGAAAAUGGGUCGUGGAUGGGUAUUCCAGCAUGACAAUGACCCAAAACACACGGCCAAGGCAACAAAGGAGUGGCUCAAGAAGAAGCACAUUAAGGUCCUGGAGUAGCCUAGCCAGUCUCCAGACCUUAAUCCCAUAGAAAAUCUGUGGAGGGAGCUGAAGGUUCGAGUUGCCAAACGUCAGCCUCAAAACCUUAAUGACUUGGAGAAGAUCUGCAAAGAGGAGUGGAACAAAAUCCCUCCUGAGAUGUGUGCAAACUUGGUGUCCAACUACAAGAAACGUCUGACCUCUGUGAUUGCCAACAAGGGUUUUGCCACCAAGUAUUGUCAUGUUUUGCAGAGGGGUCAAAUACGUAUUUCCCUCAUUAAAUUGCAAAUCAAUUUAUAACAUUUUUGACAUGCGUUUUUCUGGAUUUUGUUGUUGUUAUUCUGUCUCUCACUGUUCAAAUAAACCUACCAUUAAAAUUAUAGACUGAUCAUGUCUUUGUCAGUGGGCAAACGUACAACAUCAGCAGGGGAUCAAAUACUUUUUUCCCCUCACUGUAUUUACUUAUGGUCUUGCUUACGCCUAGCAAACAGUUUUUUAAAAUUAUGAGAAAUAUUCAAUUUUAUUUGGAACGGCAAGCCAGACAAAAUUAAUACGGGCCUAUUUAUAUAAUGAAUAUGAAUUCAGAGGACAGAAAUAAUUAGAUAUUAAAGCAUUAGACCCAUCAAUAAAAGCUUCAGUCAUACAAAAGUUAUAAUUAAAUCCGAACUGGUUCUCUAGCAAAUUAGUAAGAUUGUCUCAUCCAAUGUUCAAGAAUGGCCUUUUUCCCUUUAUUCAGAUUACAACCUCUCACUUUCAGAUAUUUAAAAAGGAAAUAAUCUCCCAAAUAUCACUAUUUCUAAAACAAGCCAUAGAAAGUUGGUUGCAAUUUCAAUUUAAUUGUCCAGAAACGACAGAACAAGUAAUGUAACAAAUAUUGUGGUUAAACUCAAAUAUACAAAUUAUAGUCUUUGUAAAUGAUAUCAUCGGUAGGACUGGUGGAGUUGUCGCACAUGCAGCUAACAAAAACAUAUGGAAAUGUCUGCUCUACCCAAAAUUACAACCAAAUAAUUGCAGCAUUACCGCAAAAAUGGAGAAGGAAAGUGGAAGGGUGGGGAAAGUAAGGAACUUGUCUGUCAGCCUUGCAUUAAAUAAUAUAAUUGGUUAAAGAAAAUUGUGAUAAAUAAAAAAGUAUACCAGUUUCAUUUAAGGACCAAAGGAUUGACAGCCAUCCCAUAUAGAUUGCUAAAUAGUUGGGAAGAGAUUUGACGUACCGAUUCCAUGGCAUAGUGUUUAUGAAUUGAUACGCAAAAUGACGCCGGAUUCAAAAAUGUAGAAUUUUUCAAUUUAAAUUAUUAUAUACAAUUCUUGCUACCUAUAGAAUGUUAUUUAUAUGGGGGAUACAAUCUUCCCAGCUCUGCAGAUUUUGCUGCGAAGAGACAGAAUCAUUAGAUCAUUUGUUUUGGUACUGUCCAUUUGUAGCUUGUUUUUGGACACAGGUCCAGGAAUGGCUAAAGGAUUGCAAUAUUUACCUGGAGCUAACCCUGCAGAUAGCACUACUGGGUGAUCUGAAAAGUCAUAUAGUCAAUCGAUCAAUAAUAUAAUAAUACUUUUUGCAAAAAUGUUUAUUUUCAAUUUACGAUCUGUAGAAACAUUGAAAAUAGAAAGGUUCAGAACUUUUGUAAAACAUCACAGUACAGUUGAAAAAUAUAUGGCAAAUAGAAGUCCAAUAUGGAUGGUGUUAAGAGAUAGAUGGGAGGUGUUGAAUGGAGCUGAAGGAUGGACUAAUAACAACAACAAGAUAACUAAUGUAAAGCAUACUGUGUCCAUAAUAAGUAUAUAGGUUAUAGGUUGAGAGCUUUUGUGAAAGAGCACAGUUAGAAAGAUAUGGCACAUAGAAUCAAACCAGAUGGACAUCAUGAAAAUGAUCGGAGGAAGUUCAGGAGUAAAAACAAACAAAUUAUAAUUAUUGUAGAAUUUGACUGUGUCCAUAAAAUGUGUAUGGGCUGGAAGUAGAGGCCUAAGCGUUUACUCCAAUUGGGGAAGGGGUGGUGGGGUUGGAAAGUAAUGAAGGGAAAUAUAUUUUAAAAAAGGAUAUAUGUGUGUGUAUAUAUAUAUAUAUAUAUAUAUAUAUAUAUAUUUGCAAGAAGAAAAAAAACAUAUGGGAGAUUGGAAGUGAUGCAGACAAUUACAUUGAUGGAAGUUACAAUCUAUCUGAAAUAUCCUCACCUGGGAUAUGAACUCACAACCUCUUAGUUGAAGGUAUUCCAAUCUUCCUGCUACGCCACCAUGUCUGUGUCAAUGACUGAUUUCACCUGUAUUGCAACACUUUGGACUUAAGUAAAGUAAAUCUCAGCAUUGUUAAAAAUAUUAUAUUUACAAUAAUAAUAUGCCCCACCAACAUAAGACAACUAAACAGAAAACCCCUCACAUCAUCAAUGAUGAGAGAAUAGUCAGAUGGCACUCGUUUGUUAAGUGCAGAGAUGUAUUAUAGGCAAUGAAUGUGUAGAGGAAUGCUAUUGACUUUGCGGCGCAGCAGAAAGAUCAGCGUACCCCAAAUCCAGAGGUUGUGAGUUCAAAUCCCAGGUGGGGUCAUUUUGAAAAGUCAGUACUAAGUGAUCAUGUCAAAUGUAAUCAUAUUGUCAUUGUUUAAAUACUUUUACACUAUUUUAGCUGAACAUUGUACCACUUACUUUGAAACCCCCAUAUUGUUUCAUUCCCUUUACAAAAAAAAAGUGUGUGAAAUCACAUUUUUACUUGCGAAAUAGCUGUUUUCACAUGCUGAGGUGAAAUUUUCACAUGUAAAAAAAAAAAAAAAAAAAAAAAAAAAAAGACACACCAUAUGUGAAACUGCUAAUUAAAACACUGCACCACCUAUAGUUCAUAUUAACACCACCUUUUCACGAGGAAAAUAACACUUCUUCACGUCACGUGAAUUGAAGAUUCUAACUCUCAAACGUGGAAUUGCAUUUUCACAUGUGAAAAACUUUCACUUGAAAAUCAAAUUAGCAUUCUUGCGUUGAAAUUUUGCAUCCCCAUGUUGUCACAUUCAUGUCACAAGAUCAUGUUUUCACAUGUGUAGUUUCAUGUUAUCACAUGUUGCUUUUACAUGUUGCCACAAGUUAUCACAUUAACUUCACAUAAGAAACACAUGUUAUCAAGUGUAAAUCAUGUUGGUUUUUCUGUAAGGGACAUUAAUAAAAUGAACACUGCCUAAAUAGGUGUCAGACAACUAUGGGACUGCUCAGUAACAUCCCAGGGAAUUCGCUGCCCCAAUGCAUGUGUCAUUUUUAACAUACUGUAAUGCCCACUUUAGAGGAUUCGGAGAGUGGAACAUCCGCUAUAUGAAAGCUAAGACUUGGACAAUAGUAUUCAAUGAUGAACCCUUUUUUUCAAUUUUUGCCUAAAAUGACAUACCCAAUUCUAACUGCCUGUAGCUCAGGACCUGAAGCAAGGAUAUGCAUAUUCUUGAUACCAUUUGAAAGGAAACACUUUGAAAUAUGUGGAAAUGUGAGGAGAAUAUAACACAUUAGAUCUGGUAAAAUAUAUAUAUUUUUUUCCAUCAUCUUUGAAAUGCAAGAGAAAGGACACAGUAUAAUAUUGCAGUUUAGGCACAAUUUAGAUGUUGGCCACCAGAUGGCAGCAGUGUGUGUGCAAAGUUUAAGAUUGAUCCAGUGAAGCAUUGCAAUACUGGACUAUUUUGUAUAAAGUCUGCCCAAAUGUGCCGAAUUGGUCAAUUGAUACAUUUUCAAGUACAUAACUAUGGAGAACAUACAAAAAUGAUAUGGGAAUACAAAAUGUAAGUUUACACACCCAGGAAUGUCAUACAUGAUGGAUCAUUAGCUUAUACACUAACUUUCACACAUCUAGAUGGCCGGGUGGGGUGGGUGUGGAGCCAGUUACAGCAGGGGUUCAAACUGUAAAACCCAGUUCCUACAUUUGAAUAUAAAAAUGGAUUUUAUCAAACAAAACUAUGCUACAUUUUAUCUCUGGGACCCUUAGGAUGACAAAUCAGAGCAAGAUUACUGAAUGUAAGUACAUUAUUUACCUUCAGAGGUGAAUGUAUCAAACGUUUUUGUUGUUGUGCACUCUCCUCAAACAAUAGCAUGGUAUUCUUUCACAGUAAUAGCUACUGUAAAUUGGACAGUGCAGUUAGAUUAACAAGAAUGUAAGCUUUCUGCCCAUAUAAGACAUGUCUAUGUCCUGGAAAGUUUGCUGUUACUUACAACAGUCAUGCUAAUCACAUUAGCGCACGUUAGCUCAACAGUCCUGUAUAGGGGACACCGAUCCCGUAGAGGUUAACCAACCAAACCAUCGAAGUCCACGAGGAUCAGGUGCGGUCCGCAUGCACACAGCAGGCCCACAGUCAUAUGGGAAACGCAUCCCCAAUGCCUCCUUCGGUCCCACAUUCACAAGUCACUCACAAAAACAGUAGCCGGUAGCAUAGUUCUCCCACGCAGCACACAGGUAGGCAGCUCCAUCCAUCCCAUAUGGAUAACCAGCCGAUCGGAGAGCAGAGUUCUCCCACUCGAGCGCGCCUCCAUGCAGCCACAUAGUUAGAAUUGUUGUUGCAUCCAAGUUGUAGAAUCCAAGGCUCGAGACAGUCCAGAAUGGCGGGAGAAACCCCAUUCCCAUUACGUCCACAAAGCAAAAGAAAGGUCCAAUAUGUGUAAAAGUCAGGGUAAAAUGUACUUAGUUGGUAAUGACGUUUCAGACAUGGGUUCUAAUAAAGCUAGCAGUGAGUGAGAGACAGCUGCCCACGCUCCUCUUCGUAUGCUAACUCCACAGGGCUAGUAGUGGGCCUGGCUAGCAUGUAUGCAGCCUAGCGUGGUCACAUCACUUAAGUCCAGCGAUAACUUCCGAAUACAUAGGUUCCACAGACGUAAAAAACGCUCAAAAACACAGCUGCCACCAAUGUAAUGCGCCAUUAGGAGGGUUUGGAUAGUGGAACAUCAGUUGUAUGAAAACUAAGACUUGGACACCAGACAGUAUACGGAGCUCAACUGGAUGUGACUUCAUUCCAGGACAUGCGACCACCAUCUCAAUUAGUUCACGUGACAGGGAUGCAUUUUUAAACACAGGUCAGGCAUUAGUAAUAAAUGAUGAACAUCCAAUUCUCAUAUUUACAAUGCUUAUGGUCAAUUAUUUGGACAAUUGAAGAAUGUAGUCACAUCUAAAGUAACAAAUUACCAGAUUCUGGUAAUGAGGCUGCAAUUUAUUUAUCAUUUCUUUAGAUGAUGAAGUGUACAUGCCCAACGAGGAAGACAGGGGGGAGUACGUGAUGAACGACAAUGGCUGCAUAUACCAAAUGGAAUCAGGGGGUGGAAGGCAAUGGUUUUAUGGUCAGGUACAGUAAAAUACUACAUACUCACGCCCCACGCACACACUGAUCAGAUGCUGCAAUAUACUGUAUACUUUACACACACAUUUACAGUUGUCAAUAUUGUUCCUUUUUUGAGGCUGGAGGCUCUAUUUCUCUCUUGUAGUUUGAGGAAGGGAUUCUCGAUGCCUGUAUCAAAAUCUUGGAUGACUCACACAUGCCUCUAGAAAACAGAGGCGAUGCUGUCAAAGUCUGCAGGAUAGGAGCUGCAAUGGUGAGUGAUAUUUGCAGAUAACAUAAGCACACUACAUAAAUUCCAAAAUGAGCCCUAGUAUAAGCACUGAGAAGAGCCAAGUGCUUUUCACAACCACAAGACAUACCAAGCAUUUAACCUGUACUUCAGUCUGCAUCCACAUAAUGUGAUUUGCAGUAGAUACUGUACAUAUUGAAUGAGAUAUUGCCUCAUUUGCUUAUUUUUAUAUAAUAUUUCAGGAAAAAGUGUUUUAAAAAAGGUGUAUUGUGUCUACAUUCAACUGGAUGAUUGUGAUAUGAAUAAAGGAAAAAUUGUCCCUGUUAGUGAUGUGGUACCGGCCUUAAUUAAACACACAAUUUCGUUUUGCAUGCUUUUAUCAACUUACUCUGAACAUUUAAUUUCAAACUAACAUAUCCUUAUGCCUGGGGCACUAAUCUGUUUUUUUGGUCAAUAUUUUUCCAUUCCUUGUGGAACCAGAUGAACUCCCAAGAUGACCACGGGGUCUUGGUGGGCAACUGGAGUGAUGACUACUCCCUUGGCACUGCACCAACCUUCUGGAUUGGCAGCGACAAGAUCCUGCUCCAGUACGCCAACCAAGGGCCUGUCAGCUAUGCCCAGUGCUGGGUCUAUGCAGGGACAUUCAACACCUGUGAGUGCCCCAUAAAAUACCCUUUUCAUUUUCAAAUUCAGUCAACUUUAUUAUGCCCACCCCACACCAUUGGUCACGUCUUCCAAAUCACCUGUGAUUUGCACUGAGGGAUUGAUGGUCAAUAGAAAACAUGCCCAUCCAGUUAUAAACUGCAGUUUUCAACUAAGAAAAGGUUGCCUUUACAAAAAUAAAAUUGAUUAGCUUUAAUAUUGCAGAUGGAUUGUGGCUUCCAUCAAUGUAAUUGUCUGCAUCAUUUCCAAUCUCCCAUAAUUAUUUUUUGUAAAUAUAUACAUAAAAUAUACAUAGUGUGGCAGAUCAGGGGGUGUUGUCAAGACGUUUACACUGAUCAGACCCAAGUGUGAUAGCUUGGUUUCAAGGGUGUUUAUUUAAAUAAUAAAGAAAGAGAAUGGAAUACCGUCUUCUGGGCUCCAGGGUAACAAACAGAGCUCCCUCCAUUGUCUGGUCCUGAGCACGACUAUACGGGAGCAACCUCUCUUCCCCAGUCCCAACCUCGCAUGUGCUGCCCUUCUGGCAACUUUAUGGGACACGUCCGGCUGGUGAGCAAUCAGCCCCUUGAUUACUCACCAACCUCAAAUCAACCCUAAUUAGUCCUGGCCGGAGAGCCCGUCAAGACCUGGCAUGUCCAGCAGACAAUUACAUUGAUGGAAGCCACAAUCCAUCUGCAAUAUUAAAGCUGAUCAAAUUUUUUUUUGUAAAGGCAACCUUUUCUUAGUUGAAAACUGCAGUUUAUAACUGGAUGGGCAUGUUUUCUAUUGACCAUCAAUCCCUCCAGCAGGUGGCUAACCUGUAGUAUGCCACAAUAUAUAUUUGUACAAAUAUAUUUUCCUUUAUUAUUUUCCCCUACCACCCCUCCACUAAUUGGAGUAAACUAAUGGACAACAACACUUAGGCUUCUACUUCCAGCUUAUAUAUACUAUAUACAUUUUACAGACACAGUAUAUUUUAUAAUAGCUAUCUUUUGUUUGUUUUUAGUCCCAUCCUUCAGCUACCCUCAACUAUCUGAAGACCAUCCAGUUUUGAUUUCUAUAUGCCAUAUAUUUUUCAACUGUGCUGUUUCACAAAAGUUCUGAACCUUUCUAUUCUCAUAGUUUCUACAGAUUGUAAGUUAAAUAUAAAAUGUUUUGCUAAGGGUAUUAUUAUAUUAUUGAUUUAUUGACUAUGGCUUUUUAAAAAUCACCCAGCAGUGCUAUUUGCAGAGUUAGUAAUUCUUCAGCCAUUCCUGAACCUGCGACCAAAAACAAGCUACAAAUGGACAGUACCAAAACAAAUUAUCUAAUUAUUCUGUCUCUUUGCAGCAAAAUCUGCAGAGCUGGGAUAGUUGUAUCCCCCAUAUAUACAGUAUUACAUUCUAUUGGUUGCAAUAAUUUUGUAUAAUAAUUUAAAUUGAAAAACUAAGUUUAGAAUCCAGCGUCGUUUUGCAUAUCAGUACAUAAACCAUGUGCCAUGCAAUCGGUACAUCAAAAAUCUAUUUUCAACUAUUUUGCCAUCUAUAUGCACAGCUCUAAAUGAAACUGAUAUACUUUUUUUUAUACAUCACCAUUUUCUUUAACCAAUGUUGGUCUUUAACAAGUUCCGACAGACAAGUUCCUUACUUUCUCCCAUUUCCACUUGCCUCUUCCAUUUUUGCGGUGAUGCUGCAAUUAGUUGGUUGUAAUUUUUAGAAGAGCAGACAUUUCCAUAUAUUUGUGUUAGCUGCAUAUGUGAUAACUCCACCAGUCCAGUUAAACAUUUUUCCAAAUAUAUAAUUGUUUUGAUCAAAUAGCAUAUUUGAGUUUAACCAUAAUAUUUGUUCUGUAUUUUCUGGUGGAUUAAACUGAAAUUGCUACCAACUUUAUAUUGCUUUUUUUAAAAAUAGUGAUAUUUUGGAGAUUAUUUCAUUUUCAUAUAACUGAAAGUGAGAGGUUGUAAUCUGAAUAAAGGGAAAAAGGCCAUUCUUGAACAUGGGGAGACAUUCUUACUAAACUGCCAGAGAACCAGUAUGGCUUUAAGUAUACUGUAACUUUUGUAUAACUGAAGCCUUUAGUGAGAGGUCUAAUGCUUUAAUAUUGAAUCAUUUCUGCCCUCUGAAUUAAUAUUCAUUAUAUAAAUAGGCCCGUUUAAUUUUGUCUGGCUUGCCAUUCCAAAUAAAGUGGAAUAUUAUUUGCUCAUAUAAUUUCAAAAGCAAGUCGCUAGGUGAAGGCAAGGCCAUAAGCAAAUAAGUAAACUGGGAUAUGACUAAAGAGUUAAUCAGGGAGAUUUUUCCACAAAUAGACAGGUAUUUUCCUUUCCAUGGUAGCAAGAUCUUAUCUAUUUUUGUUAACUUUUUCUUAAGAUUUAUUGACGUGAGAAUUUCUAUGAAUACCGAGUAUGUCCACUUUACCGUCAGACCAUUUUAUUGAUAAACUACACGGUAAUGUAAAAGUUAAAUUUUUUAGUGAUCCAAUAAGUAAUAUAGUACACUAAUCAUAAUUUGGUUGUAAUCCAGAGAGGUUAGGAAAAUUAUCUAGAUCCUCUAAGAGGCUGUGGAGGGAUCCAAAUUGUGGAUUUGAAAGAAAACAUGAAUCAUCAGCGUACAAUGCCAUCUUUGUUUUUAAGUCCUGGAAUUCUAGCCCCUUGAUAUUAUUGUUGGAUCGGAUUUGAAUAGCUAACAUUUCGAUGACCAUCUUUUUUUACUCCUUUUGACGGUUUAAUACUUUCUGAGAAGUAGCCAUUAUUUCAUACCUAGGGUUACUAUACAUAACUUUAACCCAUUGUAUAAGAGAUUCUCCAAAAUUGAAAUAUUACAGGCAUUUAUACAGUGCCUUCGGAAAAUAUUCAGACCCCUUGACUUUUUCCAAAUGUUGUUAUGUUACAGCCUUAUUCUAAAAUUGAUUGACACACAAUAACCCAUAAUGACAAAGUAAAAAGGUUUUUAGAAAUCUUUGCAAAGUUAUAAAAAAUAUAAAAACAUUGAAAUAUCACAUUUACAUAAGUAUUCAGACCCUUUACUCAGUACUUAGUUGAAGCACCUUUGGCAGCGUUUACAGCAUAGAGUCUUCUUGGGUAUGAUGCUACAAGCUUGGCACAUCAGUAUUUGGGGAAUAUCUCCCAUUUUUCUCUGCAGAUCCUCUCAAGCUCUGUCAGAUUGGAUGGGGAGUGUCGCUGCACAGCUAUUUUCAGGUUUCUCCAGAGAUGUUCGAUCAGGUUCAAGUCCGGGCUCAAUCCGGGCUCUGGCUGGGUCACUCAAGGACAUACAGAGACUUGUCCUGAAGCCACUUCCGCGUUGUCUUGACUGUGUGCUUAGGGUUGUGGUCCUGUUGGAAGGUGAACCGUCGCCUCAGUCUGAGGUCCUGAGCACUCUGGAGUGGGUUCACACCCUUUGCUAUGAGACUCGAAAUUGAGCUCAGGUGCAUCCGGUUUCCAUUGAUCCUCCUUGAGAUGUUUCUACAACUUGAUUGGAGUCCACCUGUGGUAAAUUCAAUUGAUUGGACAUGAUUUGGAAAAGGCACACACGUGUCUAUAUAAGGUCCCACAGUUGAAAGUGCAUCUCAGAGCAAAAACCAAGCCAUGAGGUUGAAGGAAUUGUCCGUAGAGCUCCGAGACAGGAUUGUGUCAAGGCACAAAUCUGGGGAAGGGUACCAAAACAUAUCUGCAGCAUUGAAGGUCCCCAAGAACACAGUGGCCUCCAUCAUUCUUAAAUGGAAGGAGUUUGGAACCACCAAGACUCUUCCUAGAGCUGGCCGCCCGGCCAAACUGAGAAGUCAGGGGAGUAGGGCCUUGGUCAGGGAGGUGACCAAGAACCCGAUGGUCACUCUGACAGAGCUCCAGAGUUCCUCUGUGGAGAUGGGCGAACCCUCCAGAAGGAUAACCAUCUCUGCAGCACUCCAGCAAUCAUGCCUUUAUGGUAGAGUGGCCAGACGGAAGCCACUGCUCAGUAAAAAGGCACAUGACAGCCCGCUUGGAGUUUGCCAAAAGGCACCUAAAGGACUCUCAGCCCAUUAGAAAAGGUUCUCUGGUCUGAUGAAACCAAGAUUGAACUAUUUGGCCUGAAUGCCAAGCGUCACGUCUGGAGGAAACCAGGCACCGCUCAUCACCUGGCCAAUACCAUCCCUACGGUGAAGUAUGGUAGUGGCAGCAUCAUGCUGUGGGGAUGUUUUUUAGCGGCAGGGACAGGGAGACUAGUCAGGAUUGAUGGAAAGAUGAACGAAGCAAAGUAAGGAGAGAUCCUUGAUGAAAACCUGCUCCAGAGUGCUCAGGACCUCAGACUGGGUGGUGAAGGUUCAUCUUCCAACAGGACAACGACCCUAAGCUCACAGCCAAGACAACGCAGGAGUGGCUUCGGGACAAGUCUCUGAAUGUCCUUGAAUGGCCCAGCCAGAGCCUGGACUUAAACCCGAUCGAACAUCUCUGGAGAGACCUGAAAAUAGCUGUGCAGCGACGCUCCCCAUUCAACCUGACAGAGCUUGAGAGGAUCUGCAAAGAAGAAUGGUAGAAACUCCCCAAAUACAGUUGUGCCAUGUUUGUAGCGUCAUACCCAAGAAGACUCGAGGCUGUAAUCGAUGCCAAAGAUGCUUCAAACAAAGUACUGAAUAAAUGGUCUGAAUACUUAUGUAAAUGUGAUUUACGUUUUUUAGCAAAAAUUUCAAAAAAUCUGUUUUUGCUUUGUCAUUAUGGGGUAUUGUGUGUAGAUUGAUGAGAUGCAUUUAUAUGACUAAAAUGUAAACAUAAAUAUUUACUUAGUAUGUUUGUAGCUUGUUAGGAUCAAAAUAAAUAUAAAGGAGCAAAGCCCAGAUAAGAAGUUAGAGGAAAACCCACCUCAGUCUUCUGAAAACCUAACCCCUGGCAUAGGGUUUUACUUCUCUGUGGGACAAUUAAAAUUGUUUUAUGCAAAAGACACACCAGAAUGAAUUUCCAAGAGGUGUUGAGUGUUCCUGAGUGUCUAGUCUAAGUCCAGAUUUAAAUCUGCUUAAAACAUCAGAGACAAUGUUUAUAUAUUGCUGUCCAUUAAUGAUCCCCUACCAAAUCUGCUGUGCUUGAUCAAUUUUGACAAACUAUGGAUAUAUGUUGCCCUAAGUGUUGCAAAGUUGAACUAAGAAUUGGUUGAAUGUUAAUGAAAAUAAUUCAGAGCUUUAAAAUCUGCCAAAGAUGCUUCCAUCAAGUAUUAUCUCAGGGGGGUGGAGAUUCAUCCAAUUAUGAUAUAUGUUUUCAUCCUAUAGAGGCCAUUUGUUUUCUAAGAGUCAGUCCCUUAGGGAUAUGAGUUAUUUUGAGAUGAUUAGCAUCUGUGCUAUCUAGAUUAGAACAUGCUAACAGGAGUCCUACCAUUCCCAUUGUUUUGCAUCCAUAAAUCAGUGGAGGCUCCUCAGAGGAGGAAAGGGAGGACCAUCCUCCUCAGUGAAUUACAUUUUUUUUUAUAUAUAUAGUGAAACAUUUUAAAAAAAAGUUAUCAUUUUUAGAUAGAACUAUACUAAAUAUAUUCACAUCACCAAAUAAUUGAUUACAACACUGUUUUGCAAUGAAGGUCUACAGUAGCCUCAGCAGCACUCUGUAGGGUAGCACCAUGGCACAGCUAGCUUCUGUCCUCCUCUGGGUACAUUGACUUCAAUACAAAAUCUAGGAGGCUCAUGGUUCUCAUCCCCCUCCAUAGACUUACACAGUAAUAAUGACAACUUCUGGAGGACGUCCUCCAACCUAUCAGAGGUGUUGCAUCAUGAACUGACAUGUUGUCCACCAAAUCAAAGGAUCAGAGAAUUAAUCUAGAACUAAAAGCAUAAGCUACAGCUAGCUAGCACUGCAUUGCUAACAUUUUUGAACAAAUACAUUUCUUCCAACAUUAAGAAGAACCAAGAGAGAGAGAGAGCUAGCUAUAUUUGGUUGUAUCUUCUUUACUUUCCCUUAGCUAGCAAAUGCGGCUAGCUAGUUUAGCCUACUCAUACACCUGGCUUAAACAGAGAGGGAUGCUAUGUUAGCUAGCUGGCUAUGGCUAUCCAACACUGGAACAAUUCCAAGUCAAGGUAACCUUGAUGUUUUAUUAAUUUAUUUCCACUGGUGUAACUGCUAAACUGCUUUCUGACUGUACACUGUACUGCAUGAUUGUAACGGAUUGACUAAUGCGUUAGUUCUAUUAUUUCUAGUUGACUAUGACAACUACAGUAUGUAGGCUGUGUAACCGUUAGCGGUCAUGAUAUGGUUUGGCUUGGAAAGUUAUUUUUGCCUGGUCACAGACAGCUGAUGUGUUGUGCACUGAAAUCCACAAAGGAAGGGGAAAGGUAAGAGGAGGAGAGCGAAUAGAUAGUUGCGAGAAGGAAUUAUGUAUACAAAAAGCAAAGCUUGCUGUUUUUAUGUUGCUGCUAUGAAAGUGAACUGUUUGCUUGUGAUAACUGGUGUAUUCAUUCCGACGAUUCUGUUAAAAUGUUUCUUAAACGUAAGAAAUCGGAACGAAAUAUUUGUCCAAUAGAAACUCAUUUGCAACUGUUGGACUAAUGAUUACACCCUAGAUCAGCUAGAUGCAGGCAAGAGUGCAAGGCGGUAUUGAAUGUGUAACUGACGGUCACCUUGAUUACUCAAAAUUCUCUCGACCUGUGCACCUAUUUUGUAAACUUUCAUUCAUAGGUUAGGUUGUAGGAACUUCAUGAUGGGUACAGGGACAAUUUUUGUAUCAUGUAGUAGCCUAAACCUAUGGAUGUUACAUUGAGCUUGGUGAAUGGAAUAUGAAUGACAGUCAUCCAAUAUGCUGUAAUAGAAAUAAGGCCAUGCUCAUAAAAAACUAAAUAAUCCUACCUCAUCUUAAAACGGCACCAACAGCCACUGCCAUAGAUGCUAAUGCUAAGCCAUAGCUCGAUAUACAAAUCUCGGUUUUCUGACUAGUCUGGCCCAUAGGCCACUUUCUAGGUAUGCAUAAGAUGUGGAAAAUGUGUAAUUAAGGUGAACAAACCCCAAAGCCCAUUUCCCACUGACAGAAAAAAAUAGGAAGCAGUUUCCUCACAAGGCCCGCUGCUGUGCAAAUCAAACACUUCUGAAUGUUAUGUCCAUAAAUCCACUCUAAUCAAUUGAUUGAAUACAUUCAAUGUAUUAGUUAAACAUGUAUUCCUGUUAACGACUGCAUGUUAAUUAAUUUGUGCUUAUUUUGAAGUGUUGCCUCUUUAACGGUGUCCCUUACCCUGCCCCAGUCCUGCGGUGUCUGGGCAUCCCUGCCAGGGUGGUCAGCAACUUCAACUCCGCCCACGACAACACAGGGAACAUAAUCACGGAUCUCAUCUUCAACUCUGUGGGAAAUCAACUUGAACUGAACGAGCGCCUUACCAGGGACUCAAUCUGGUAG